AUGGGACCGCGGGAGCAAACAGUAGCGCCCGGCUCGACCAUCACCCUUAGGUGCGUGAUAAACUCGCCGUACCAGACUCGGCCGAUCAGAGGGGUCCAGUGGCUCCGCGACAACAAACUACUCACAUUCCAAGCAGCCCGAGGUGGCAUAAACGUGGAAACGGUCACGGGUAUGGCCCAAACCUUCAGCGAGGCGACACUUGCCAAUGUGACGGGACACGACAGCGGCAAGUACUCUUGUAGACCGUCGGAGGGUAAGAGCGACACCAUUUUCGUCAACGUCCAAGACUCGACGACUUCAUCGUUGGGCAUUGAAGUAAACAAAAACAAAAGCACACGGUUACGAUUGAAAUUGUUGCUUCGUCUCAGCCAGCUCAAUGUAUACAGUACAAAGUAA